AUGGAACUCAGCAGCCGGAGCCUCCGCAGCCUCAGCGCGCCCGGACCCGCGGUUCGCCCGCCGUGGGGAGGCGGGAGCCGGCGGGGCUGUGGUGCUGCCCGGCAGCGGACGAGACCCUGUGAGCUUUUUGUUCAGUAUUUGGCAACAUACUCCUACAAACACGGCAGAGGGAAGGAGAAGAACGCUCUUACUUACAGUGACCUGUCUCAUACAGCAGAAGAGUGUGAGACCUUUCAGUUCCUUGCAGAUAUCUUGCCAAAGAAGAUCCUAGCUAGCAAAUACCUGAAAAUGCUGGAAAAAGAGAAGCGAGAUGGAGAAGUGAGGGAAGACGAUGAUGAGGAUGAGGAGGAAGAGGAUGAAGACAAAGUUGUUGGUGGCAGUGUUGGAUCUUAAGGCCAAUGGAGAAUUGUUUCAUAGUUGAUCCAUUUUCURUUGUUCAAAGGAUGUUAUUUUUGUGACUGAGAAUCCAGAUGCUGGAUAUAUUUAUACACUGAGCCAUCUGCUUUUGCUUUAAGAAGUUUAGAAAUUGAACUUUAUACUCGUUGAAGAAUGGAAUUCUUCCCUCAGAAACAUGGUGGGGUAGGAAGAGACAGUGCAAAUCUGACAGCAGAGCUUGGUCAGAUGAUUUGAAAUGACUUUGUCAGACAAUCAUUACCCAAAUUUAAAAUUUCUUAUGGGCAGCUUUCAAUUCUAAAGCUCCAAAAGUGGACCAAGUCCAUUAAAAAAGUCUGUAAAAACAGCCAUGUGAGCACCAAAAUGGGGUACAGGAGGAGAUGCAUCCCAAGGGCUAAUGUGGUUCUGCAGCUGUGGUGGUAAAUGUGUUUAAAAUUAAGUAAAUACGUGCAUCUGGAACUUUUUUCUUGAACUCCACUUGCAUUUUCUCUUGCCAAAAUGCACAUUGAAGUAAGUCUGUUAAUUGUGGGUUCUUGAGAAUGAGCAGCUGCUUUACCAUGUGAGUGACAGAGCUGGAUUUUUCAUUUGGUUUUGGUUURGUUUUUGGGGUUUUUUACUACAGAAAUGGCAACCGUCCUGUGUAGAACUUUAUGUGCAACUUUUUAAAAUAAACUUUUUGUAUGAAAACUGACAA